GCUAGGCUAGUCACGUGAUCGACAUUGUCUUAUUUUUUUCUCAUCGAGCGUUCGGUUGAGAGAAACGAAUAUUUGCGACAUUUCCACGCGUAAAAGUUUUUUGUUUCGAUGAGUUUAUGUUUUUUUUUUUAAGUAUUUGAUAUUCAUAUAGAUGCCUGGAUUGAAAUAAGAGCAGGAAAUCUUUUGAGGAAGUGGAGUGACAGCCCCGCUGUAAAUCAAGAUGGCAGGUCUGUCUUUGUAUUUUGAAGAUGGUCAUGAUGAUUUAGAUGACUUUGGAUUCGAUGACUAUGGUUCAGAGUGUGAUGGGAUUCGGAUAACAGCAUUCCUGGAUGCAGGCCAGGAUAAUCUCACCCCUCUGGGCCGGCUGGAGAAAUAUGCUUUCAGUGAAAACGUCUUCAACAGGCAAAUUGUGGCUCGUGGAUUGCUGGAUGUGCUCCGGGAGUUCAGUGAUAAUGAAAAUGACUUUAUCAGCGUCAUGGAAACAGUUGCCAGAAUGUCUGAGGAUGGAGAACCGACAGUGCGAGUAGAGCUGAUGGAACAGAUACCAAACAUUGCCAUGUUCCUUCAUGAAAAUCGGCCCAAUUUCCCCGAAGCCUUCUCACGGUAUCUGGUACCCAUUGUGGUCCGGUAUCUCACAGACCCUAAUAACCAGGUGCGAAAGACGAGCCAGGCUGCUCUGCUAGUGCUACUUGAACAGGGUCUGAUGAGUAAGACAGAUAUGGAGGGAAAGGUCUGCCCUGUGCUUCUGGAGCUCACUGAACCCAGCAGUGACGAUGACUACAAGAUCGAAGCAGUUGCGAUCAUGUGCAAGCUGGUGACCAUGUUGUCUAAAGACACGGUGGAACACCUUUUAUUGCUGCGCUUUUGUGAACUCUGCAGUGAUGUCAAACUAUUUCAAGUCCGCAAGGUUUGUGCUGCAAACUUUGGCGAGUUCUGUUCUAUUGUUGGCCAGGAAGCCACAGAGAAACUUCUGAUGCUGAAGUUUUUCGACCUGUGCUCAGACAGUCUGUGGGGUAUUCGGAAAGCCUGUGCCGAGUGCUUCAUGGUUGUUUCAAACUGCACUUCUCCGGAGGUGCGGCGUACUAAAUUGUCCCCCUUGUUCAUCAACCUCAUUAGUGAUCAGUCACGCUGGGUACGCCAGGCUGCGUUCCAGUCUCUAGGUCGUUUCAUCUCCACGUUUGCCAACCCUUCAAUCACAGGAUUGCAUUUCUGUGAGGAUGGAACCCUCCGUGAGAUACAGAAGAUCUGCUCAGAGAGCCACGGACAGGAAGUGACCACCAGCAUCUCCAGUAACAGCCGCAAUGCCUCCAUUGGUGGUUCUCCAGACAGUCUCAUUCAGCCCCAUUCAGAGCAGCUACAAUCCACUCCAGUUCUGACGGGUCCACCAUCACAUCCUCCAGAAGGCAAUUCCUCUACCCAGCCCAAAGAAGAUGGCACCAGCCUGGGCCACCCUGAACGCUCAGCCCCUUUGUCUCACCAGCAGACGGACGAGUGCACGAUGUUCAAUUCCUUCAACUUCUGGAGAGCCUCACUACCUGACAUCACCCAAGAGCUGGAACUCUUACAAGAAGAGAAAAAAGAUGAGGUGAUCGAGAAACGAGAUGAGACCAUGAGGGAGACGGAAGGUGAGGGGAAAGAAGACGUGCCAAGUCUAGAUUCACAAGGCCCAGCCACCAGCUCUCAGAUCCAGAAGGUUUUGGACUGUCUUCAGCCUCACCUGGAUGAUCCUGAUGUGCAAGCUCAAGUGAAUGUGUUGUCCGCUGCGCUGAAAGCUGCCCAACUAGAGAGUCAGACAGAAGAUGCAGAUGAGUCUGUGUCAGAGAGUAACGGUUCCACAGGCUCCCCGACAUCUGAUGAGCUCAGUGCCAUGAGUGAACUCUCACUGACAGAUGCACAGAUCUCAGAUUUACCUUCCAGUUCACCAGAGCUGCUAGACGACUCUGAACACAGCCGUGAGGAGUCAGACCUUAUAGAAAAUGUGGAGGAGGACAAAGAUUCAGACACAGCUAAAAUGUGUGAAGAUGAGAAUUCUAAAUUUCAGAAUGUAAUUCCACAGCAGUUGCUGGAUCAGUAUCUGUCCAUGACUGACCCAGCUCGAGCUCAGACCGUAGACACUGAGAUCGCCAAACACUGUGCAUUCAGCUUGCCAGGUGUCGCCCUAACGCUGGGCAGACAGAACUGGCACUGCCUCAAAAACACAUAUGAGACCCUCGCUACAGACGUACAGUGGAAGGUGCGGCGGACGCUGGCGUUCUCUAUCCACGAGUUGGCAGUGAUUUUGGGAGAUCAGCUGACUGCAGCUGACCUGGUGCCCAUAUUUAACGGCUUCCUCAAAGAUCUCGAUGAGGUGCGGAUAGGAGUCCUCAAACACCUGUAUGAUUUCUUGAAGCUUCUUCAUGCCGAUAAGCGUCGGGAGUAUCUGUAUCAGCUGCAGGAGUUCAUGGUGACGGACAACAGCCGAAAUUGGAGAUUCCGCUAUGAGCUAGCUGAGCAGCUCAUCCUGAUCAUUGAGUUGUACAGCCACAGCGAUGUGUAUAACUACCUCAGACAGAUCGCCCUUAACCUUUGCUCUGACAAAGUGUCAGAAGUGCGGUGGAUCUCCUAUAAACUGGUGGUGGAGAUCCUGCAGAAGUUGUAUGCCUGUGAAGCUCAUGAUCUAGGUCUGAAUUUCAUUAAUGAGCUCAUUAUGAGAUUCUGCCACUGUCCCAAAUGGGUCGGACGUCAGGCAUUUGCAUUCAUUUGCCAGGCCAUUGUGGAGGAGGACUGUAUGCCCAUGGAGCAGUUUGCACAGCACCUUCUACCCAGUCUGCUCAGCCUCUCAUCAGAUCCUGUACCCAAUGUACGUGUGCUGGUGGCCAAGGCGUUACGGCAGAGCGUGUUGGAAAAACCAUACUUCAAGGACCCAGGCAGCGCUUACUCGGAUGAGCUGGAAGAGGCUCUGUCUGAGCUAAGGAUGGACAAGGACAGGGAUGUGCGGUUCUUCGCCACACUGGAUCCCAACAGAGACGUCAUGGACACAGCAGCGUUAAUUUAGCACCAUGUACUGUCCGCACACAUGAACAAGCACCAGCAGGAACAACACUAAACAGAUUCAAGUGUUUACAAAUAGGAACUACUGACAAAGACCUUCACACACACAAUAUAUCCUUAUCCUCUCCUGAUACGCUCCACAUUUGACAUUGCAUGCAUAUAUUGUGCAUGUAUACACAAAACGGCCUCAUUUGUAAAUGUUUCUACUGAUAUGUAGCUAGCUAAAUCUAAAAUUGGAUCCUUAAAAUGCAAAUGUAUGCGUAUUUAUGGUAAUACGACUAAUACAGCCUUGCAAAUUAAUCUUCCACAGUGGUUUUCACCAUUUAGAUGAUUAAAGUGUGAGAUUGCCUUGUCAAGCAAUUACAAAUGACAAUUACAAACUCGAGCGCCACUCAACUUCUCCCUUACACAGGUAUCAUUUUUU